AUGAAGAGUGGAAGGAACACACAGACUCUGAUGAAUCCAAUCUCUGCCAAGCAAUGCAUUGUAAGUGGUGGAAGUAGUAUCUACCACAAAGAAUGCAACCUUCAGCUUCUUGCUUCCUACCAAGACAUCUACAUCCAGAAUCCCAAGGGUUUUGGUGAUGCCCCCUGCGAAGUUGGUGACGGUCAGGCGGGUUGGGAUUAG